AUGCGCCAGAAGGAGACCAAGCGCUCGCCGCUCGACGCGCUCGCGGGCAAGGGCAAGGCUGUCCCCGGCGCGCCCGACCUGUCCUACUCGCUGGGUGGCGUGGCGGAGGUCGGCGGCGCGGAGGUGGAGCGUGUGCUCGACUCGGUCGAGAUGGACGACCAGGUCGCCGCCAUGCGAGGGCCGUACGCCGGCGCCCGCCGCAUCGCGAUCUGCCGCGGCGUGCGCGUGCUGGCAGCGGCGGUGGUCGAGGUGCACGAGACCACCGCGAGCCUGCCGUCGGUCAUCGAGAUCCCGAUCCUCGCCUCCGCCCGCUCCGAGCGCCGCAAGGGCUUCGGCUCCGUGUUGCACGCCCUCAUCACCGAGCUCGCUGCGUCGGUCGGCGUGCAAGCCAUCCUCGUCUGCGCGACGCCCGAGGCGCGCUCCUUUUGGCUGCGGCAGGGGUACCACACGCUGGCGCACUGCCCUCCGGCUCUCGCCACGGAGCUGCGCGCCGUCAUCAAGAGCGGCGUCAUGAGCGACCCGUUCCGCGAGACGGUCCGCAUGGCGCAGGCGCUGCCGCGAGCGGGCGAGCCAGGCGCUCUCGUCGCCUCCACCCUCCGCGCCGUCGCCUCGCGCUCUGCCAGCAGCCAGAGCAGCCACGGCCUCAGCAGCGCCGAGGCGGCGCGCGCGCUCGGCUACGAGGACCUGAGUGGCUCAGCGGCGGCGCUCUUCCAAGUCGAGGGCCGCAAGCGCGUCCGCGUGCCGUGCGACGCACGAGCGCCGCCCGCCGCUUUGGCCGUGCAGGUUCCGCUGCGGAAGCUGCAGGCGUUCCAACUCGACGCACACGAGGGGGCGGCGGGCGAGGGGCUGGGGGCGGAGGGCCAGCUGCUGCACGGCGAGGUCUCCGGUCCCCGUGGAGAGAGCCGUUGA